CCCGACUCUUCCUCAGACUUGUUUCUCCUCAGAACCUAGGGUGUGCUGUUUUCGUUUUUGUUUUUAAAUAAUGGAAGGACCAAAUACCUUCAAGACACCUAGCAAAUUACCUGAAAAAAAGAAAUCUUCAUCAUGCUUAACUCCAUCAUCUGUAGCUAUUCCAGCCUCUCCAUUUAUGCAAAAGCUUGGCUAUGGCACUGGGGUAAAUGUUUACCUCAUGAAAAGGUCUCCCAAAGGUUUAUCUCAUUCUCCUUGGGCAGUGAAAAAGAUUAAUUCCAAAUGUAAUGAUCAUUAUCAAAGUAUAUAUCAAAAGAGACUAAAUGAUGAAGCUAAGAUUUUGAAAGACCUUCAGCAUCCAAACAUUGUAGGUUAUCGGGCAUUUGCUCAAGCCCAGGAUGGAAGUAUGUGUCUUGCUAUGGAGUAUGGAGGAGAAAAGUCUCUCAAUGACUUAAUUGAAGAAAGAAAUACCAACUGCCAUUCUCCUUUCCCAGCUGCUAUAAUUUUGAAGGUUGCUUUGCACAUGGCAAGGGGGUUAAAGUAUCUGCACCAAGAAAAGAAGCUCCUACAUGGAGAUAUAAAGUCUUCAAAUGUCGUAAUUAAAGGUGACUUUGAAGCAAUUAAAAUCUGUGAUGUAGGAGUUUCAUUGCCACUGGAUGAAAAUAUGACUGUGAGUGACCCUGAGGCACAUUACAUUGGCACAGAACCCUGGAAACCAAAGGAAGCUCUGGAAGAGAGUGGUAUCAUUACUGAUAAAGCUGACAUAUUUGCCUUUGGGCUUACUCUUUGGGAGAUGUUGACUCUAACCAUUCCACAUGUUAAUCUUCCAGAGGAUGAGGAUGAUGAAGAUAAAACUUUCGAUGAGAGCAUGUUUGAUGACGAAGCAUACUAUGAAGCACUGGGAACAAGGCCAGCCAUUAAUAUGGAAGAAUUGGAUGAAUCAUAUCAAAAAGUAAUUGAACUGUUUUCUGUUUGCACUAAUGAGAAUCCUAAAGACCGUCCCUCAGCUGCACACAUAGUUGAAGCUUUGGAAAUGAAUAUGUAGUGAUUACUGAAG